AUGUUCGACACCAAGGAGAUUGAUAUUGGGAUGAAUAUGACGGCAGUUCAUAAACCCUACGACUUGGCGAUGGAUGUACAAGCAUCGUUGAUGAACAGUGGCCCGCUGACCACCAAUACGCCAACAAUUGUUACCGCGCCAUUGAUACAACAUCGAAAUUCGGCGCCUCCAGAUUUGAGUCCGACACUUCAACCAAAUUUGAAAGUUAUUGUUGAUAAUCAGAAACCAUUUGCUGAUGCGUUGACAGCAAUACGUGUAUCUGGUGAUUGCUCAUCGUUAAAACUACCACUUUCAGUACCUGAAGUCGUUAGCCCUUCAACAAAUUCGUUGUCCACUACACAGAAUAUUGGUAAGUAUCGCCGUUGA